AUGAUUGAUGAGAUUUCGUUGUUGGGAAGAUUUAAUUAUCUGAAAACAGAGAUAAGAUAUAGGAAGUCAAGAUUUAGUGGAUUUUGGUUGUAUCCAUCAAUAGUAAUAUCGAUUGCAUUUGAUAUGAGUAUAAUAAAUAUUGGAGUAGUUUUGAUAACAUUGGUAUUAGCAGCUAUUUAAAAAAAUCAUAAUAAAAAAAUUUAUUUCUUAAGAGUAUGAAAAUCAAACUUAGUAAUAGGUUCUGUUAUUAUUUCCAGAAUUACUUCUUAAAAAUUAGAACCAUGCAUAGUUGAGUUCAUUUUUAUUAAAUUAAAUAUUUGUACCUGAAUGGAGUACUUAAAUAUUAUUUUAAUUGAUUUUGGUAAGAUCUUUGAAUGGAUUAUAUUUUGGAUUUGGGUUAGUAAUGAUGUCUAGAUAUUUAGAGAUAGUGAAACGAAGAUUUUUUAUAUAAUUUAAUAUUAAGAAAUAUGAAUAGUAUGAAAAGUAAUAUGUAUUAGAGAAAUUGCCAAUAGAGAUAUUUAUCAUAAAUAGUGAAGGAAAUAUGUUGUAUAGUAAUAAUAAAGUAAAAUAAUUUGAGAAUGAAUUAAAAUGGAAAUUGAGUAAUGCAAUUCGUAAGAAGAAAAUGAGUAAGUUAACAAUAAAGAGUAAAUAAUACAUGUUAGAAUAAUAUGAUAAUGAUUUUAUAUUGACAUAGGAAUAAUUUGGUUGUGGUGAUGUAGAAUUAUUUACAAAGCUAUCAUAAUAGAUAGAUUAUUUAUACAAUUUGUUAUGUUAGGAUUAUUAGAAGUGGAAUAAUUUAAGAGCAUUAAAGGUGGUUAAGGAGAGUGAUUUAAGUAUAUUAGGAUAAUGUACAACAGAUUGUAGAUUAUUGAAAUAACAAAUAGAUAUGAUAAAUUUGUUGAAUCAUGAUUGUAAAUAGAUAACAUAUUCAUGGUUAGAGAAAGACGAGUUUUUUUGUAAGUAAAUUGUUUGAUUUAGUGAAGAACUAUGUAGUGAAUGUAAUUGAAUCAAUGGUGAAUAGACUAUAAGAACAUUAUAGUUUAAUCUAAUUAGAAUUUGAGGAUGGUAUUCCUGAAAAACUGUUAGGAAAUAAAAAUGCAAUAAUGUAUGGUUUAUAUGCAUUUUUGAGAAGUGCAUUGUUAGUGGAAUAGAAAUCAGAUAUAUUGACUAUCAAUGUUAGAAUAGCUUAAGUCUAUUUGGAUAAGUCUGAAUAUGAUUUAGAGAUUUCAAUAAGUUAUCCAUGUUCAAAUAAAUAAAUGAAAUUAUAUUGUUAGGAUGAAUAUGAAAAUGAGAAUGAAAGGCUAUUACUAUACAUGAUUAAUUAAUGUAAAUAAUUACUAUCUAUUGAUUAUAAAACAGAUGGAGAUAAUAUUAUAAUUUUAUUGAUUACUAAAGUUUAAUUAGGUAAAAGGAGUGAUAAAUCAUGUGACAAUAUAUAAAUGGUAGAUUUAACAUUUACUAAAAAUGUUAUAGAUCUUAAUCAUUACUUUUGGAAUGCCAAGAGAUUUGUUUCACCAAUAAUCACUUUUGAUAAAUCAUUGAGAUCACCUCUUUAAAAAUAAACAGCCAAAUUUAAUAAUCCAGAUUCUUUGGCAUCAACUAUUUAAUUGAAAUCUAUUCCAUAAGUUUCUGCUGCUAAUUCUAAUGUAUUGUCUCUUGAAAAUACCUUAAUUGACAACUAAGAUAUUUUUAAAUAAGUUGAAAAUGUUAUCAAAUAUACUGUUCAAUUCCCUUUAAUAUAAGAUGAAAUUAUUAAAUUACUUUAAUAAACAUUAUAAGUAGCUUAUAAUGAAGGCAUUUUAGAUCACAAUAAAACUAUACUUGAUAUAGGAUAUCGUCAUAUUUAAAAUGAUAAAAUAAGUUAAAUUAGUAUUAGAUCAGAUACUUAAUUUGUAUAAGAUUAUUUAGAUUAAUUAAAUGAUCAUUACGAUAUUUAAGCCAAUAAAAAAAAUACUUAACCUAAAUAAUUUAUUACUCCAUAAUUAAAACCUAGAUAAUUAUAAAGAUUUGAUUAAUUAAGAGGAUAACCCUAAUAUCUAAUGAAUAAAAAGAAGAAAUAAGUGAAUAAAUCUAUUUUGGGUAGAAAAAAUUAAGAUUAAAAAUAAUUAAGUGUUCUUUUCAGUCCUUGUGUAAUGAGCAGAUUUAGAAAUAAUUUAGUUUCUAUAGUUUAAAAAUCUAAACCUUAGUUAUCUAAUUUGAAUGAUAAUAAUGGUAUAUUUAAUAAAUUACUUAGAUUUUAAAUUUAAUCUUAAAGUAGGAGAACAUAGAAUAAGAAAGUAAUAAAGAAAAUGGUCUAACAAAAUUAGAUUAGAUGAAUUACCUUAAUAGUAGCCAAAUAUUCUAUGUUUAAUACCAAAUACUUAAUAUAUUUAAGUAGCUUAAAGAUUUGGUAAUAGUAUGUAUGGAGAUUAAAUGAUAGGAGAACCAAUAAUAACAUAUUCUGUUUCAGAAUUGAUUAGCAUAUAUAAAUAACAUUUUAAUGAAGGUAAACAAUUUUCAUUCAUAAUGAUUUACAUUCAUAAAAUAAGUGAAAUAGAAGAAUUGAGUAUAGCUGUACAAAGUAAUGAAAAUUAGUGGUCUUAAGAUCCUGAUUUUAAAAAAACAGUAAUGAUUGGAAUUUACAAUUAAACAUAACUUAAUAAAAAUCUAUAUCAAUAUCUUAAAUAUACAAUUCCACUGAGUCAAGAUGCAGAAUAAUUAGCUAAAUCAAAAGAAUGGAUAGCAUAAAUAAGUAAAUGA